UAAAACCAUCAUGGAAUCCUACAGUAUGUAUUUUGUUGGUGUUGGUCAUAUACAUAUGGAACUUGACCAAGGUUAUGUCAUUAUUGUACUGCGGUUUUUGUGCGUUUUUGUUGUAACUUAUAAAAUGUAAUUUUGUUCGGAUUAAAACGUGACACAUUUUCAAAUUAAUAUAUUCCGUUGCUUUGAUCAUACGGAAUUGUGUUUAUCUACAUAUAUUAUAUUUAUUUGAUAUUUGUUAAAAAUGGAUACAAACGAGGAGGCCCCAACAGUGGAAGAUCUGAAAGCGAAAGGCAAUGAAUGUGUCAAAAAUGGGAAGUUUGUGGAGUCGAUACUGCACUACUCCCAUGCUAUCAAACUUGACCAGUCCAACUAUGUGCUCUACAGCAACCGUUCCCUUUCCUUCUUCAAGAUGGAGCAGUACUAUCUGGCACUGGAAGAUGCAAAGGAAACAGUAAGGCUUAAGCCAGACUGGGCAAAGGGAUACUUUCGCAUGGCAGAAGUUCAGUACGCUGCGGGCCAUUAUGAGGAAGCCCUUCAGUCAUACACCUCGGCCCUGAGGUUGCAAUCGGAUGAUACUGUUAUCAGAAAUGCCAUACUACGGACAACCCAGGAAAUGAAGCAUAAUCACAGAGUGGACGAAAAAGUAUCCUGGCUGGGAGCUGGUGUGGGAAUAAUUGUGAGUGUGGCCCUCGUUUUCGCUGACCGCAUGCUGACGUCUGCUCCCACCAUUACGCAUCCCAUUGUGACUGCACUUCUCAUAAUCUGCGUUGCCAUGCUGGGAUACGCGGCGGCGCGAGCAUACCGCUUCUACAUGAAGACACUGCGACGGUCGCUGCUGGAUCCGCCAGUUGAUUUGCUACCCGGGGAGAAGACCUCUUCAAAGGAGGAACUAAACGAGACAGACAAGGAAGAGAAACAUCAUCGAUACACAAAAGCACAGGCUCGGCAGAGAUUCAAGAAAGGAAAGAGUUAGAACCGGUGAAAUAUUUCUGAACACAUCACUCUUGUCUGUGAUUCAUAUUAUCUCUCCUUUUUCAUAUUUGAUACAAACAAACUGUUGGGUAUUAUCAAAGUCCAUUUUGUGAACUAACUUCCUGUACUAUUGUACUUCAAGUACGACACUCACACAAACAUUUAUAGAAUUAUAGAUUGACAUUCCAUUUUAUUGUUUCUCUGAAAACUUGAUGUAAAAAAAAUAGAAUUUCACUGCCCUUUAUAAGAUGAAUAGACAUUAUUUAUUUAUGAAGUUACCAUUACUAUUGUUGUUUUGAGAAUGUUUAUAUUACGAAGAUGUUACAAACAUUUUUUUAUUUUAAUCCAGUGACUGAAAUAUUGUAAUGGAACUAUAUUUAUUGAAUUAUUUGGCAAGUAGAACUUCUACCAUUUUUGUAGUUGCAUGGAUUGUAAUUUUUUUUAUCGUUAGUUCAUAUAUGAAACACUAUUUUGUUCUGUGCAGUUUGUAUGUGGUAGAUAGAGUGAAAAAAUUCCUUACCCUUUCAUUAUACAGAAUUAAACAACAUUUCUAAUAAUCAUGUACGCAUGUUCAAAGUACUAUUUUUUUUAUUUGGUCAGAUUGUUGAUACCUAAAAUAAAAUUAACGAGUUGACUGUUUUAAAGUUAACUUAUUUAUUUAACUUGGUAUGUGGUGAAAGUGCUGCUCAUAGAUUGUGUUCAUUCGCUGAGCUGCCACAAAGUUUCUGCUCCUCAGUUGUCCAUAUCUAUAUUUUUGUACAUUAGUUUUGAACAUACAUAACACUGAUAGACUUAAUUGGGAGUUUUUUUACAGCUACAUUAACCAGUACUACAGCUGUUAACAUCACACAAUGCAAAAUUAUUGUAAUUUGAUACAGGUUAUCGUGCAGUGUUACGGAAUAGAGAUUUAAUUUAUCACACAGCUGGAAUCACUGAAAUUAGGCAUAUAGAGUAGUGGUGCACCGAUAUGGCUUUACCGAUUACCGAUUCGAUUACCGAUUAUGAGAGCAAUAAUCGGCAGAUACCGAUUCAGUUACCGAUUAUAAUGAAAUAAUUUUUUUAAGUGUAAUAAUGCACACAAAAUUUUUUAUUCACAUGUGAAUUUAAUUACAAGAGUAGGUAGAAUUGAGAAUACAGUUAUAAUAACAGUAUAAAAAUAUAUAAAAUACACUAUUAAGUCAUUGCAAAGAGUAAAUUAAAUUAACUUCUAUCUAUAUUUGUUAUUGUAAACAACUUGAACUACAGUCUAAUAAUUGUAAUUUACAAUGGGUAAGUUUUUGUAGCGGAAAACUAGCAUUAUUAUUGACUAUCACAUAAGGUUGCAUCGAGAAAUUACCGUUUAACAAUGUAAACAUGUUGCUAUAUUUUGUUCACUUGAGUUUAUAUAAAAAUGUUUCUGCACUUCACUAUUUUUCUCCCUAGUCGCCAUCUCACUAUAAUUAUAUAAAAAUGACUCAAAACCAAUUCUAGCACAUGUGAUUUUAUUAAUGUUGACUGAAUGUAUAAGAUUAUAAAUACUUUUUCACUUUUCACGUCACAUACAAAUAACACAACAACGGAUAAUGUUACCAAAGACGCCCAUAACGAGUUUGUAAAACGCAGUGAUAAACUCUGAAAGGUAUCGGGACCACGAUUUUGAACCGCUACUACGACUCGAAAAGAUCGAUUCUCAUAGAAUACACUGCAACUGCUUGUGGUAUUUUGAUUGUGUGCCACCUAUUUUACGUCUCUGGCUAUAGGUAAUGUACAAGGCCACUAAACAAAAGACAGAACAAAAGACGAAACGUAAAUAAACGUGUAGGAAAAAUGUAUUUUUUAUUGUUAGAGGCAAUGAGAUUAAUUAAACUUAACGAAAUAUCUGUAAUCUUGAUAUGAUGGAGUUAGAUGAAUUUUGUAAUAUUUACAAAUAUUACCGUAUUUCGUCUUAAAACGUGUAACAAAAUAUUACACGGUAAAAACCUACUUAAUUACACCGGGACGUAGAUAAUCGGCAAAGUAAUCGUUACGAUAAUCGCCGAUUACAAUUUCAUCGGUAUCCGCAUCAGUGCACCACUAAUACUAUAGAGUUAGUUAUUGUAUGACAUACUGUGAACCUGGUUAAGAAUACAGAUAUUGAACCAUGCCAGAUGAGUGCAUUUUGCCAUUAACAUUACAUAAAUUUAAGAAAGUUAUUCAUGUUAAAUAGAUAGUGAAAGUUGCAGGCUUUUAAAUCUUUAUUUUGUGCAAUUCUUGCUGAUUUUCAGUUCUAGAAAUUAGCAACUGAGUGAGUUAUAAUCUUGUUUUUUUCCUUGUUUAUAUAUGACUUGUAAAUUCAUUGAUGCAGAAAUUGUGUAGAAAUUAUUUAAGUGAAUAUUUUAUUUACACUAAUGAUUUCAUUAUUAUGAUUAGGACAAAACAUAACUUGGAGUCCAUCCUCAUUUAAAAAAAUUAAAAUAAUUAUUCCUAAUUUUUUAAAAUGUGAUUUCACUUUUGAGGUGGUCAGAGAUUAUUCUUAUUCCUUCAUAAAACUUAAAAAAAUUGGUUUUCUCUUUAUGGAAUUUUGAUACUUUAAAUCUCUUUAUAUUGAUAAGUUGUUGGAAUAACUUAGAAUGCUGUAGACAAUUUGCCACUGACUAAAUAUUUUAGACAAGUUUUCUUUAAAAUAGUUAUGCCUGUAUUGUAAGUGGUUAAACCUGUGCAUCAUUUCAAAUUGUUAAGAUGCUGUAUGUAAGACUGUUUUCCCUUGGUACUUAAAAUUAAAAUAUUCAUUCUUUAUUUUGUUUAUAUUUAAUGUGUUUUAUGUUUGUGAUUUAUGUAAUACAUAAUUUUAUAUUCAUAUAGCUACAACGUGAUUUGAAUUUAGGUCAAUUUGUGUUGAGUUCUAAUAUUUCAAAAACUAUUGUCUGCACCAAGCGUCAUGGCACUCUGCCCAUAGUUGUCAGCUGGCUGAUUACCAGAACUACUCGGCUGGAGUAGCUGGAUUCACCAACAUUUUGGCUGUGUACGGAUAGUUACAGAAACAUUAACUCUUGAUCGUCACAAAUCUUUGCUGCAGUGAUACGUGUAUAAUUCUGUAGUAUUGGCAGAUAUGUAGGGAUGGUGAUUUUUUUUUUUCGCGAAAUAGAUGCGAAAAUAUGCUAAAUUAUAUUUUUUCCGCUAUAAAAUGCGAAAUCUAGACUAUUCCGAGAUAAAUGCGAAAUCAAGGUAAAAAACUUAGAUUCAUCUUCACUCUACACAAUUUAUUUACCGAUUGUAUUUCGUUUAAGUUCAGUAUCAAAAGAAACCAUCAUUUUAUGGCGUUUUCAGCACAAGCAUCUUAUUAUCACGUCAUUCACAACACUAUUGUUCGUAAAUAUUGAAUGAAGAAUGGCCUACUAAUCUCCGUUUUCUAUGAGAAUGGCCAUCUGUGCCUCGCGAAUGUAAACAAAGCAAAGAACAACUAGCUGGAAGAGUGUCUGUCAUCUUGCAGAGUACAAGUUUUGAGGCCACCAUAUUGCGACAUCUCUGCUUCGCCGCGCCCAUUUUCUGUCUUUAUUUCAUGUGAAAGCCGCAUUCUUGUGUAGUCUGUGGAAGAUGGUGUGUUUACAAAUACGUGCAUACUCGUGAAUGUGUUGUAUACUGUUAUUUCUCGUGGUAAAAAUGGGACGAAACGUAAUUUCCAUUCGCGAUGGCAUAAAUGAAUACAAAAAUGAACAGUUCUACGAAAGUGAUACGAAUAUUUUAAUGUGCAAUUUAUGUAAUUGCCGCCUGGAAUGGGGAAAAAAAAAAAGAUGUAUUUGAAAAGCACAUUAAAUCUGAGGGACGUGAGGCUGCAAAAAAAAAAAAAAAAAAGAUUCACUGAGAAAUCGGAUGAAGAAAAAAAGUCGGUAAAACGGCAAGCAACGGUUUCUGGCAUGAUUGAAAACCAAAAGAGGGCGAAAAUUGAAAAAAACGAGUUUCAAUAACAAUAUUUGUGCACUCUACAUCAACUAUGGCCAUGAACAUGGCUAAAAAAUAUUUAUUGUAAUUUUAAGUAUUUAAUUUAUUGCACUCAUAAGUGUUCAAAAGUUGUUAGGAAACCUGCCAAGAUCGGCUAUCUUUGUAGUUGUGUUAGAUCUUUAUUUCUGUGGUUGUUAAUAGUUAAUAUGUGUAUUAUUUAAUGCUUUUUAAAAAUAUACUUUUCUUCAGUAAUAUAAAAUGAGAGAAUUGGCUAAAUCUUGUUUUUAAAAAUGCUACAAAAUGCUAAAUUUCAAAUUCAAAAUGCUAAAUGUUAUUAUUUUAAAUGCUAUAAAUCACCAUCUCUACAGAUAUGAUUGCCUAAGGUUGUAACACAUUGAUGAGUGUUGCAAAAGUGCAUUAAUUUUCAUAUGAGUGUUACAAUGACACAUUAUGACAAUUUUAAUUUUUAGUACAUAUUAAUAUAUAUGUAUAUAUAAAUUAGGAAUGGGCCAAUCAAAACCUUAAAUACCAUGAACUCUAUAGUAUUCGAAAGAUUCAAUAUUCGAGAAAAAAGAUUUGAUGGAAAAUAUGUAUGGUAAUUUAAAAAAUUCACCACUGAUAACCUUCGAAGUUUACUAGGUAAUUUUUUUUCUUCAUACCUAUUCUGUUACCAUUCCCCAAGAUAGUGUACUUUUGAAAUGUAACUAUAUAAAUAAAACUAACAUUAUGUAUUUAUUCUGGAAACUUAAUUGGUGAAACAACCUUUUAAGGGUGGAAUGUUUCAACACCAUAGUUAUUAUUUUUCACCCAUUGUACAUUAUAUUAUUUUUGACCCUUAGUUGAUACCUACAUUUGGAUUUGAGGGGUAUAUUUGAGGUACUCUCUGAGAUUCAAAUUUGAUUCAAUAUAAUUAGUAUUCAACCAAUCACUAAUAAAUAUAAAAUUAACAUAGCAAGUACAAGGAGAUUACUUAGUAUCCUGGUUGAAAGUAGUAUAAUAAAGGAGCCUCUUAACACAGUUAAAAAAAUUACUAAUGUUCUACAAAGCCAUUGCAGCCAUUGCAGUCAUUUUAAGUAGGUUCCAAAAUAGUACUAUGUGUUGUGAUGCAAUACAUGCUUCAGCCAAUCAGUGCUUUGUCGUGUGAGACAUGCGUUGCACUAACGUAGGAUGUUGGGUACAUUGCAUGCAUCGGUUUGGCAGCUAUCCUACUUUUUGUGAAAAGUAGGAUAGGAUUCAUGAAUGGUUGUGGUUGGUUAUAAAUGAAGGUACGUAUUUUAUCAGCUUUCAUAUAUCUGAUUGUAAUAAAAUUAAUAACUUUUUGUGAUGUAAUCUUUUUAAAUGGUGUAGUUUUUUAAUUUUUGUCACAAUGUUAAAAGUUUAUGCAAUAGAAUAGGUUGCAGCAUUGAAUUUCUUGCCAUCUGUGAUACUUAAUGGCACUAUUUCACAUUGUGAUGCAUAAUUGUUAAACACACUUUACCAAGUACCGUAGUUAAGUACCAUAAACCCGACUAUGUGACGAUUGUUACUGAAACUGCUGAAACAAAAAGUGAUUUUAUAAUCGUAAUUGGAAAUUAAUAGCGAUGGGAACAGCUUAGUUGAAAAACCCUUUUUCUGCCUCAUAACUGCAUCCUUUAAGCCACUUUAGACUGCCGUUGAUUUCUGUCUUUGGAAACUCCACUUAGUUGAAAAACCAAAUGAUCUGCGUGUAAACUUCAUCUGGUAGGACACUUUAGUCGCUCUUGUUUAUGGCUUCCUGGAGAAGGGGUGUCAACAGGCGUGACAGACAAGUGACAGAUAACUCUUGGAAUGAUGAGAAGGGGAGAGGGAGUUUGUUUACUGUGGCUGUUAGCCAAGGCUUCCCUCCCCCCUUCCAUUUUCCACCUCCCAGGCGGCCAAUACAUCACAGUAUUCUUUUUUUUUCUGACUGAUGUGCUUUUGAACUUCUAAUUGCCGCUUGCUGUUUCAAAAAAGGCCUGGUAAAUCACUCUGCUGAUGAAAGUGGCACCAGAAAAGCUGUAGUGAUAUGGUAAAAAAUUCCAAAUUUAAAUAAUUUUUUAAUUGUUUGAGUUGUGUAUUCCAUAGGCCUGUGCAAAUAUUAGUUUUUUUUAUGCAUAGCGAAAAUCAAAAGCAUGUUUAAAAUAUUCGCGAUGUCGUAUAGAAUUGCGAGUAUGUUCUUGGCAAAGCUGUAUUACACUUAUUUUAUAAAGUACAGGAUUGAAGUAAAAUAAAGUAAUCAUUUAAUAUUGGUAAUUUUUGAAUGGAUUUAAGUGAUGGACCAAUCAGGCCCUAUGUACAACAUCCAUUCAAUAAAAUUUUUAAAAUAAACAUUCAUAAUAUUAAUAUAGAGCAUUCAUUAAAGCAAACAUUGUGCCACCUUAUUGAUUCUUUUUAAGUAUCAACUUUAUUCAAGCAAAACAUAUACAACACAAAAAAAUUAAGUAUUUUCAUGAGUGAAUCUUAAGUGUUCUAAUGUUUAAAAGCUUUACAACUAAUGCGAAGCCUCACAUCAGACGUGAAGCUUUGCAUCACAACUGAAGUAUCAAAUAAAACAAAUAGCAAAUUUUCUGGCAAUGUCAUAUGGAAUAUUAAAAAGAGCUUUGAUUGAUUUUCUUAGUUAAAGCUUUGCACAGGCCUAGAUUUCAACCCAUAAAAGUAUUUUCUAAGAACUUAUAAUCAAAAAGUUUGGAGUUGCAUUUUAUUUGGAGUUAUAUUUUCGGGUAAUACGUUGCUACGAUUGGCCAGAACAACGUCAACAUGCAAAUAUUAUUGGCUUGUGGGCACUUUUAAAAAAAAGAACAUUACCCCUGAUAAAAAAAGAGAAGAUAUUAUUAUUGUUCUAUAAUAUUAUCUAUAUUUUUUUAUUUCACUGUAUUCAUUUUUGUCAAAGCAAAGAUCAUUCAGGAGAAUAUGUCGUUAUUUGAUUGACAAAAAUACAAAACAAAAAGGUAAAUUUACACCAAAAUUUGAAGUCAAACAUUCUGUUCUAAUAAUAAAUGUUUUGAACUUUUGGGAGCAUACUAUGAUGAAAUAAUUACCUGGAAACAAACGUUUGAAUUGUAAAUAGUAACAGAGUCAAUACAGAUAUGAAUUUAAAUGCCUUAAGAAUCUUCCAAUUCAUUUUAAGUAGCAGUUGUCAACUAAAUAGAGCAGAGGAACCUGUAUUGAGUGUUUUUCGUGAGGGAUUAUACUGAAUGGUGUAACCGAAAACUUUUAACAUGGUCCUCCCGUAAUAUUUCCAAAAAGUUUGCAAGAAUCACAUUAAGCCCUGCAUAAAAUUACUUGAAUAUUUUAAAAUUAAGCAUGUGUGGAAUAAUAUUAUUUUUACCAUGAAAACUUAAACAUUUAAACUAACAAAAUUCAGUAAAACAAUCAAAACAUCCUUAAAAUUUAACAAUAUAUUUUUUUUAGUUGGGUUUUGUGUAUGUUUGGCUGCAAGGUCGUUGGAGAUGUACACACUCAACAUCGCAGUUCAAGGAAGCUGGCAUGGCCUGUUGCAAGGAAUUGCCCCAUCAUUUGUCUUGAGUGACAUCGGGGAGAAAACUAUAGAUAGACAAUUACAUCGGACCAAGAUUCAAAGCAGUUCCUCUAAGAAUGUGAGUGGAGUGCCUUACCACUGCGCCACUUUGCGUAUUAACCGACAAUGAAUAAAAAUUGCCUACGCUCGCUACGUUGUCAAGCUGCUUGUUGUGUUCUUCAGAUUAACACAAACUGUGUCUCAAAACAUAAAAGAAUAAACACUUAUCUGACAUGUACAAUCUAUUAUGCUUGCAGUCAAGCUUGACGACUUAAUUAAAAAUGAAGAUUUAAGGUAUACUUCAGUUUUAAUAAAUAAUAAUAUUGACGGUGAAACAUACAAAGUAAAAUUAUUAAUGUGGGCCUUUUUAAAUUACACAGUAUAGCAACACGUUUAACGUAAGUUUUCGCAAGUUUGUGGAUGGAUCCCACCUUAAUAUCGUCUUGUUCCAGGCGCACUUUGCGUAGGUAAAGUUGCCGCCUGAAUUUCUGCUGAUGUCACUCGUCUCUUUUUUGGCAUGUCAAUGUCACUGCAUAAUGGCAGCUUCUUCGCUGCAGUCCCAGAUGUCGUCCUCACGAUGAUGUGAAACAAGUACACGUUCAUGGUAGCCACACAGUCCUCCCUUGAAGUAGUGGACAUGAUGACUUAACUGCCGCCCCAGGAUCGUUGGAGGUGAAUAGUUCAGUAACUUGUUUCCUGCCGGCACGAGCUUGGUCCUGGCAAACUCCAAGUCUCUUCCUUGCAUUCCGGCUCGCCUAAACUGUUUCUCUCGUCCACUAUGACCGUCCCAGACCUCCCAAUGACUCCCUCUGCACGCUCUGUCUAUCGUGUCCAUCUGCGACCACUCAGCAAUUGUCAGUUCGUGCUCACUUGCACAGCACUCGUGCGCUAUGUCCAUCGGCUACUGCCGCUUGCAGCGCCUGAAGUCACCGAGUUGGCGCACCAUUCAAACGGAAGGAGUCGGUUUCACUAUAACUAAAUUAUAAGCCCUGAAUAAAAAUCAAGCUUUUAAGACAUCCUUGAUUCUUGAUCACAACGAUAAAAUUUACAUUGGUUGAUAUUGUUACAAGUAAACAUUUGUUUUUUUGUUUCCUCGUCACAGUACUGCUAUGUGCUAAACAUUUUUUUCUUACUGCCAUGCAAACCACUGCAUGCUAGAAUUUUAUCUCCAUGUCUGGCUGUCAACUGAGCGUGUGUAAACAAUGUUUUUGCAGCGGCAUUAAGAGCUGCCUUCUCUCUUUCCCCCUUCUUUCUUCCACUAUUCCCCAUCCAAUCUCUGCAUUUUCACUCGCCAUGACGUUUAGCGCUUGCAGUAGAUGUGGAGUCAAAUAAUUUUGUAGUGAUUGGCUUCUUUCUUUUUUACUUUACUGCCAGAGUGCUUUUUGGUUUUGGUUUGACAAUAUAAUAUAAUGUUGAACUAUUUAAAUUUUUUUGGAGGGACCAAGUUUAUAAAUGUUGACUCAUUUAGUGCUGUAUGAGAAUGCAAAAUAUUUUGCUGCUUAUUAGGCCUAUGCAAAUAUCAGUUUUUUAGUUUGUUAUUCCCAAAUACAAAUAUUGAAUUAGAAUAAAGUAAAGAAAUUUUUUCCAUCUUUUGAUUAUAUUUUAAAGACAGUAGUAAAAAAAUUAUUGCACAUGUUAUUUCACGUUAAUAGUUAUAAAAACUUUAAAGAAAGUCUUUUUUAAAAAAUUUCAUGUUUUUUUUUUUUGCAGUGGUUGCAAGCAAAUUAUUGUUUGAUUGCCUUGUUCUCAACUUAUUAAAAAUAUUUUCGGAUCACAGAUUGUCUCAUAAUAGUCUGAACUAUGGCAGUUAUGCUGUUAACUGCGGCCAUGUAGAAAUAAUUGUGGUAUUUACAUCAAACCCAUUAAUAUAUUGAAACUGGGAUGUACACAUUGUUACUGUUAUUGUAGAAUAAAGACACUUUUCUCGUUAAGCAAGGUGAUAUGAACAUCUACACUACACUUUGCAUACAAGCAAAUAUUUAUUAUUUCAAAUUGUAAUUAUUUGAAAUAUAAUUGAGUAAUAAUAAUAUUAAAAAAAUAUUUGAUUUUAUAACCGAAAUUUGGAACUUGAGCACGUACUUGCUGCUUUAUAAUGCAAGGAAACUUAUUUAUUGAGUUUGAGUAAAUGUUUUAUCAUACUCUCGUGGGCCAGCUUUUAUACUAAUUUUUUUUUUUAUGUAUUGAUACAAUUUUUUUACCAAGUUAAAGUGUUUUUGCUCUGCAUGAACUGGCGGUGGUGAAUUGGGCUGGUUCGUAGGGAAACUUAAUUACUGAGGAUUUAGCAGGUGGGAUACACUGGAUUCUGUGCACUCUUUUUACAAGCCUUUAACCUCUGUUUUUUUGUAUUAUAAUAAUUUUUUUUUUAUUAGUUGUAUGAAAGUUUUUGUUUUAAAUGGAAAUGUGUUUCAGUGUGUGCACUACGAAUAUAUAUUUCUGGAUUCCUUGCCCAAAUAAUAUUGUUAAGUUAUUUUUUUUUUUGUGUACUAUUGAGUGAUUGGUAUGCUAUAACUUAAGGUGUCUGAAAUUAUUUGUUAUAUUUCCAUAAGCUUUAAUUAUUAAUUCAUAGUUUUACUAUGGUAAUGAGUUUUGUUGAGAUUGUUCGUGAGUUUGAA